GCGUGUCGAAGCGGAAGCGCAAGCAGGCAAUGUAGCCCCUCUCCGUUUCCACGAUGCGUUUGAUAACCUAAAGCGACCAAGUUCGUGUCACACCCCUGGAAUACGUUUCGUGACAGCGCGCGACGGGCUAUACGUUUCUCGCGUUCAUAUCUACGCAGUUUGGCAUCCUUUCGCGAAACGUGAACAUGGCCGCACUGCUUCCCGAGGUUCGAGGACUUCAAGCGGAUGAGAAUGAAUCCAGAAUCUUAAGGGUAAAAGUCAUCGCUGGAAUCGGGCUGGCCAAGAAGGACAUUCUGGGUGCCAGUGACCCGUACACGAGGAUCUCUCUGUAUGAUCCAGUGAAUGGAGAAAUCACCAGCCUGCAAACCAAAACCAUUAAGAAGUCGUUGGAUCCGAAGUGGAGUGAGGAGUUCUUCUUUAGAGUGCAUCCCAGGAAACAUCGCCUUUUAUUUGAGGUGUUUGAUGAAAACCGAUUGACGAGAGAUGACUUUCUCGGACAGGUGGAUGUUCCGCUCCAUCAGAUCCCAACUGAAAAUCCAAAUGCGGAAAGACCCUACACAUUCAAGGACUUUCUCCUGCACCCGAGAAGUCACAAGUCCCGGGUGAAAGGUCAUCUCAGACUGAAGAUGACUUACCUGCCCCAAAACAGCGACACAGAGGACGAUCCGGCUGAACAGAACGAGAGUCUGGAUCCUGGUUGGGAGCUUCUGGAGCCUCAUGAGUUGUGUAGUCCACAUCAUCCUCAUCAGCUGCCUGCGCUGCCCCCUGGCUGGGAGGAGAGGCAGGACAACCUGGGACGAACAUACUACGUCAACCAUGAGAGCAGACGCACCCAGUGGCACCGACCCACAAUACAAGACUGUCAGACAGAGGAUGAGCAGAGACAGGACAGCAACACCGAGUCUCAGCGGGCCUUUCUCACACGCAGACAAAUAUCUGAACACAACGAAAGCCAUGAGCAGAGAGAGUCACCAGAGAGUUGGGAGAUCAUAACAGCAGAUGAUAGCACACUGUAUAACAGUCUCAGCGAGCGUUCACCGCCUCCUCCUCACUCACCGAUGGAGUUCUCAGGAUUCUGUGAAGAGUUCAACAGAUUUCAGCUGGGAAGCGACAGACGCACAUCACUCACGCCGCAGGGUCACGGCAGUCGCAGGGGAAGUGGACAGAACCUCACAGUUGAAGAACAUCCCAUUCACCCUGUGUUAUUGCCCACCUCCGCCGGUUUGCCUCCGGGAUGGGAGGAGAAGAAGGACAGUAAAGGGAGGAUUUAUUACGUCAAUCACAACAGCAGGACAACCACCUGGACACGCCCACUCAUUCAGCUCAUACAGCCGGCAUCAGAGACGGUGGCGGGCAACACAUUGACCCCGUCCCAGAAUGCCUCAGGUUACGCUCCGCCGCUGCUCUCCCCGGACGUGUCCCCGCAGCACACACACACGCCGGAGCACACGGGACUGAUCCCGCCCGGCUGGGAGAUUCGCAGCGCUCCGAACGGACGGCCGUUCUUCAUAGACCACAACACUAAGACCACCACAUGGGACGACCCCCGGCUCAAGGUUCCCCUGCAGAUGAGGAGGAGAGUCUCUCUUGACCCCACUGACCUCGGCCCGCUGCCGCCCGGUUGGGAGGAGAGGGUCCACAGUGACGGCAGAAUCUUCUACAUCGAUCACAACACAAAAAACACACAGUGGGAAGACCCGAGACUGCAGAACUCGGCCAUCACUGGUCCUGCUGUGCCGUACUCCAGAGAUUAUAAACAGAAGUAUGAUUACUUCCGCAAGAAACUGAAGAAACCAUCAGACAUCCCAAACCGCUUCGAGUUGAACGUGAGACGGAACGCUGUCCUGGAGGACUCGUACCGCCGGAUUCUGUCCGUCAAACGUCCGGAUCUGCUGAAGGCCCGCCUCUGGGUGGAGUUUGAGGGCGAGAAGGGGCUGGACUAUGGAGGCGUGGCUCGGGAAUGGUUCUUCCUCAUCUCCAAAGAAAUGUUUAACCCGUAUUACGGGCUGUUCGAGUAUUCUGCCACAGAUAACUACACACUACAGAUAAACCCUAACUCUGGUCUGUGUAAUGAGGACCACCUGUCGUACUUUAACAUCAUCGGCCGGGUCGCUGGAAUGGCCGUUUAUCACGGGAAGCUGCUGGACGCGUUCUUUAUCCGGCCCUUCUACAAGAUGAUGCUGCAGAAGCUGAUCACAUUACAGGACAUGGAGUCUGUGGACAGCGAGUACUUCAAUUCUCUCAAAUGGAUCCUGGAGAAUGACCCCACAGAUCUGGACCUGAGGUUUACCAUCGACGAAGAGCUUUUUGGACAGACACAUCAGCACGAGCUGAAGCCGGGAGGAGCAGAGAUCGUCAUAGAUGACAGCAACAAAAAGGAGUACAUUCAUCUGGUGAUACAGUGGAGGUUUGUAGACAGAAUCCAGAGACAGAUGACGGCAUUUAAAGAGGGAUUUUAUGAGCUGAUCCCUCAAGACCUGAUCAAGAUCUUCGAUGAGAAUGAGCUGGAGCUGUUGAUGUGCGGUUUAGGUGACGUAGAUGUCAACGACUGGAGAGAAAACACUAAAUAUAAAAACGGCUACAACCAAAAUCAUCCUGCUAUCAUCUGGUUCUGGAAGACUGUUCUGUUGAUGGAUGCGGAGAAGAGAAUCCGUUUGCUGCAGUUUGUGACGGGCACGUCUCGUGUACCAAUGAACGGCUUCGCUGAGCUUUACGGAUCCAACGGCCCGCAGUUGUUUACCAUCGAGCAGUGGGGUACGCGUGACAAACUGCCCCGCGCGCACACAUGUUUCAAUCGACUCGAUCUUCCUCCAUACGAGACGUUCGAGGAGUUACGUGAAAAACUGCACAUGGCCAUUGAGAACGCUCAGGGUUUCGACGGCGUGGACUAGAUUCAGACCGCCGCAGCAACAGCGUUACCAUGGCGACAGCAUCACGAUGGCCAGUUUUAAAAGAAGACGGCACACGAGCAAAACGAAGGAUGGAGAACGAACUGACCUGAGAGCAGUUUCAGCAGGAGACAGAAUGAAUGUGCUGUUACAAAAGCUGAUUUAGGGACAUCUGAUUUGUCCUCUGGCUCUGUAUCACAAGCUUGUUUGUUUGUGAUGUUUACAAAAUUAUGUUUUGUAUCGUAUCUCUGCACACAGCUCAGUAUGUUUCUGCAUACAUUAUUUCUAAAUAGCUAUAGAUUUGAUUGUAUAUAUGCAUUUCAGCAUAAUAAAUAUUUAUGAUGCAUGCUUUUGACUCACGCAUUAUAGUCGUAAGAGUCGUGCAGCAUUUGCCAGACAGGGUCUACUGAAGAUUUCCUGUAAUGCAGAAAACGAGACCAUUAAUAUUCAUUGUGUGUACAAACAAUGCCAUCUUAUUGAUGUUCUGAAGUAGAAUUUAAGUGCUAUCUGCACAGACAAACAAAUAUCUGUGUCUUUUCUCAAUAUUAUAUCUUAAUUGGUACCUUUUCUGACUUCGACUUUACGUUUACAUCUUUUUUAUGUUUACAUCAUUACGGACACCCCACUUUAAAAAAAAUGAAUGCUGGUUGUUUUUUUACUGAUUUUGAUGUUUGACGCACUUUUCUAAAAGUUCAAGUUUUAUCAAGUCUUAUCGAUAUAUCGUCUCUGUUGAGCUAUAUCGUGAUUUUGUGACAAAUCAUCGCUUUACUGUAUAUCAUUUCCUAAAUGUUUACAGCGUAAAUAUUGCUUAAAGUAAGCACAUUUUGUCUCGCAACAAACACGUUGGACUGUUAAAUAACUUUGCCUUUAUUUGUAAUAUAAAAUGAUUUGAUUCAGUGUCCCAAAGAACAACUUUAUCCUUUAAUGGAGAAACACUUGUAAUGUCUAUACUAUUGUAUAAUUAAAGGCUACUAUAUGAACGUUUAUUGCAUUUCUACAGAUGGUUAAAGCGUUUUUGGCAGUGAAGAGAGAACUGUCUGAGAUUCUUUUCUAUUAAAGCUUUAAGAGCAAAAGUGUCUUUAAAGGGACAGUUCACCCAAAAAUGAAAAUUCUGUCACCAUUUACUCACGCUCAAGUUGUUCUAAACCUGUAUACAUUUCUUUGUUUUGUUGAACACAAAGGAAGAUAUCUGGAAGAAUGUCAGUAACCAAACAUUUCUUCUCCUCCAUUUACUGCCGUUACUGCAUUCUUUAAAAUUUCUUUCUUUGUGUUAAGCAGAACAAAGAAUUUUUUACAGGUUUGGAACUAUCUGAGGGUAAGUAAAUGAUGACAGAAUUUUCAUUUUUGGGUGAACUGUCCCUUUAAUGUCAAAGUAGAUUGUGCUGAUUUGACUUGUCAUGCCAAUCUUUACGGCUUUGUAUUUUUGGAAAAUUAAAUAAAAGAGCAUAUCUUC